AUGAAUUAUUCAGCAGCGGCGCGGAGAGGGCGAGCGCGGCGCGGAGGGCGGCCCGGCCCGCGCGUCCCCCGCCGCUGCGAAGCCGCCGCGGCGACUUCCCAAACUUUCCCCGGUCGGCACCGAGGAUGCGGCCCCCGCGGCGCCUCCGUCCCCGCCCGAGCGCGCCGGCCGCGCUUCCCACGUUGCCGCCUAUUUUAUGUCUUUUGUCUCGGAGUUGGCACCUGUCCCAGAGAGCGCGUUUCCCUGCCCACCCCUUCGCCGCCGGAUCGGGGCGGGGGAGGGGGUACGGGGGACCCGGAGAGGAGGAGACGGGGAGGUGGGGGUGGGGGAAGCAAGGCGCCUACGGGCCCCGCAGCCAGGAGAGACCUCCCGGGGACAGCGGCCGUGCCCGCGGGCCCGGGCGCCUCUGUUCCGCGGGGAGGUCAAGGCUUCGGCUGUGCCCGGAAUACCAACGAAGCCUCGGGGAGCCCCCGGCCGUGCCCGCUGCGGGCGAGGACGGGCCGCGGCCCCUCCCUGACUCCCACCCCCACCCCCCGCUCCGCCGCGCACCCUCCUCCGGGGGCCGGCGCGCGCGGGCGGGGCGGGCGGCUCGAGCAGCGGAUUCGCCGCCCGAACCCCGCGCCUCGCCCCGCAGGCCCGCGUGCGCGCCCCCGCGGGCACGCCACCCCCGGCGCUCCCCGCCGCGCGCCCCCGGCCCGCGGCCCCGCCCGCCUGCCGGCGCGGCCAGGGGGCACCGCGCCGCGAGGACCCCAUCGGCCUCCGGCAUCGCGCCCCGGGGCCGCGCGGCUGCGGGGACGGGCGGGCGCGAGCCCCGGCCCCUGCUCGCCCAGCCGCCCUGGCACCGAGGCGGUUGCCGGAGCGCGCUCGGCGGCUGCGUUCCGAGGCGCCGGCUGCCAUGAUUGCGGGCAGGAGGGGCGCGCGCGCAGGCUCUGGCCCGGCUCAGGGACCCGGGGCGGACCGACGGUCUCCGGCCUGCGCACAGACCGGUGCGCGCCGCGGACGGCCGCUAGGGUAGCCGGCUCGGCACUUCAGGGGCCGGCGUGUGCCCCGGAGCUCUGGACAAAGUCCCGGGCCAGGGCUCGGGGUCGACGGCGGCGGCGGGCUUCCCCCAGGGCAGGAAACAACUUCCUGCUCCGCUGGCCCAGGGCGGAGGAGCUGCGGGGGGUUCUAGGCCUCAGCUUGGCUCCUGGAGGCGACUACACUGCAACACCCCGGGACCGCGCGGCUCCUUUCCGCGCCCCCUCCCGGGGGGGUCGCGACAGGCCGGGCUCCAGGGUCCCGCCUCUGGUUAUAAUGCCAAGGAGGCCCCAGCGGCUCUUUUCCUGCCGCCUGAGUGGUUUCCCCGCAGAGAGUCCGGCCUGGCCCUCUGGCGCUUGGGGACGACACCGGGUCACUAUACUCCGACCCCCUCUCCCUGUCCGGGCAUGAACCUCUAUCAGAGCCAGAUGGACCUGGCUGUCCCCGGACUUCCGCGACGGGGGCCCAGGAGGAACAAGGCCUCUUGGGCCCCAUCCCAAUGUCUCUCUGUGCCUGUCUCCCCCCCCCCCCCAGCCGGCCUUGGCAUUCUAACCAGUGUCCCUUGACGUCACAUCUCGCCAUUUCUGUCAACCAAUUGAAACUUGCUCGUUGUCAUAAAAAUAUAUAUACUUUUUAUGCCAUUGGUGCAUUCAAAAGUUCCUCGUGUGCCCUGCUUCCCAGGAAACUCCAUCCCAUAUUGGAUUGGACUGCCCAGAAAGGGGAACUGGCUGACCGAGGCAGGGCUGGGCUGGGGCAGCUGGAGCAGCCUUGCCAGGACUGAGCUGACCACCGACCCAGCUCAGAAGUUCUCUAGACCCCUUUGAUCUUGGCCUUGAAUUGUGGCUGGACACCCCCCGCCCCCCACCCCAUGACAAACAUGGUUUCGUGGGGAGGGGAAAUGUCCAGGACAUACUAAGGAAUCUUCCAAAAUGGUUUUGCUGGGUGUUAGGAUCUGAGCGUAGCCUCUUUCUAGGGACGGCUUUUCUUACUCCUAUGAGAAAAAUGGAGUCUUAUGAAAUGCUUUCCUGUUCAUCUUCUCACUGAAACGCUGACCAACUUUCACUUUUCACAGCUGCUGACAACAGGCAGAGCAGAGAAAGCCCAAGCAGGGGUGACUUCACAAUGGGGUGGGUUUCACUCUUUUCCAGGGGAAGGUCCAGGGUGGUGCUCCCAGACUCAAGGACUGUGGGGGUCCAGAGCUGGAAGCCUAGGAAUUCUGUGUUCCUCCUUCCUCAGAAAUGGACACCCUUGUAGCGGUUUGAGACGCAGGAAUGCUGUGCCCGUGUUCUAGCAAUACAGCAGAAGGACAGUGUCUCCUGUCUAGCGCAGUCCUUUAUAAUUUUCUUCCCUAUUACAGUGCCCAGUCCCGACCUGGGCUGCAGGGUAAGAGAACAGGUUCCUACAAGCUGAGUAUGUGCCGGGCGGUCCCAAAGAGCCGUCCAGAGCCUUCUUUCCACACCGAGGAAGAACCCAAGCACCAAUGGCCAUUACACAUCACCCCACCCCAACCCCGUCCACUCAUCUCUACUGCAUGGUUCAACUGCUUCAAAAAACACAUUAGACAUUCUGUGGCUUAGCAACUUUGGGGACUCCAGAACUACAAAAUGCUUUCAGGGACUGGCUGAAUGCAGGCAUCUAAACACACUGUCUCGGGCCCUUUUAAUACCAAACCUUGUUUUUCCAAAAUAAUGAGCAAGCGCGGUUAAUGAUCGAACUGGGAUUUUGAAAAUAAAUAUAUUUUCACACAAAACUGCUCCCAAGGGUAAACCCUGAAGUUGUGCAUACCUUUGCGAUAACAUUCACAAACGCGCGCGCGCACACACACACACACUGUAAUCUAUUUAUACUCUCUUCGCUAAACACUAUAAAUAUUAUAACUAAUGUGAUACAUGUUUUGUGAUUAAAUUGGUGGAUUAAAACACUGAAUUUAAAAAGCCACAAAGAGAAAGAGAUGAUCUUACCUUAUGCCACUUACAACUUUUGUUCCUUUGGCAAAAUACAAAUUUGACAACUGUAUCAUUACUGAAGGCAAUAAGAAAUGUUAGCCUAUCAGCUUUGUAAUUUUCACCUGAAAUCAUUGUAUAAUCACACCAACUUGCUAACCUUUUUAUUAGAUGAUUUUUUUCGUUCUCUCACACACAGUAAUAAGUUAAUUUAAUGCCAUUUUCCUCCUCCCAAUUUUUAUUUGGUAAAACAAGAAGUUGGAUGAGUCAGAACAAUAUUUGAGAACGCACGCUUUUUUUUUUAUCCCCUCUGUA